GUAGGAGCGGGCGUCCCAGUCUCCCACUGGGAGACUUGAGGGACCUGGCAACCCUAAGUUGCGGCCGUUGGAGCCGUCGAGCGCUCGCGCGGCGGACGUUGAGGAGAAAGAAGCCGACGACGGCGACAGCGGCGGGGACUCCGCGCCGGCGGGCGCAGGAAGCUGGAAGGAGCAUUUAAACAGCCGAAACAACAAGAAAGAAGAAAACAGCCCGCCCGCUCGCUGGCUCGCCCGAGGGACCGACGAGGGCCGAGCAGCGCGCGGGCUUUUGAUAUUGCUAUUGCUAUUAUUGAUUGAUUGUUAUCCCCUCCCCAAAAAGAAUUCUCCGUCCCCCCCACCCUUCCUUAUGGGAUUAUAGCAGCGUUGGCGGCGGCGGCCCCAUGUUUUCGCCCAGCCAGGAGGAACACUGCGCGCCCAACAAGGAGCCCGUCAAAUACGGGGAGCUGGUGGUGCUGGGGUACAAUGGCUCCCUUCCUAACGGUGACAGAGGGCGCCGGAAAAGCAGGUUUGCUCUCUAUAAACGACCCAAAGCAAAUGGGGUCAAACCCAGCACGGUUCAUGUGAUUUCAACACCUCAAGCUUCCAAGGCCAUCAGCUGUAAAGGGCAGCACAGUAUUUCCUACACACUGUCGAGAAACCAGACAGUCAUAGUGGAAUAUACACAUGACAAAGAUACAGAUAUGUUUCAGGUUGGCAGAUCAACAGAGAGCCCGAUAGACUUUGUUGUAACAGAUACGAUUUCUGGCAGCCAGAACAGUGAUGAAACUCAGAUCACCCAAAGCACGAUCUCCAGGUUUGCAUGCCGCAUUGUCUGCGAUAGAAAUGCGCCCUAUACGGCCAGAAUUUUCGCUGCAGGAUUCGACUCUUCGAAAAACAUAUUUCUUGGGGAAAAAGCAGCAAAGUGGAAGAACCCUGAUGGGCACAUGGAUGGAUUAACAACCAAUGGCGUUCUAGUCAUGCAUCCAAGAGGGGGAUUCACUGAAGAGUCUAAACCUGGAGUCUGGCGGGAAAUUUCUGUCUGCGGUGAUGUAUACACUCUCCGUGAAACAAGAUCUGCUCAGCAAAGAGGCAAGCUAGUCGAAAAUGAAACCAAUGUCCUGCAGGAUGGCUCUCUCAUUGAUCUGUGUGGAGCCACACUCCUGUGGAGAACAGCAGAUGGCUUGUUCCACACGCCCACGCAGAAACAUAUUGAGGCUCUGAGGCAAGAGAUCAAUGCUGCGCGGCCCCAGUGCCCCGUGGGGCUGAACACACUUGCGUUUCCCAGUAUCAACCGCAAAGAAGUAGUAGAAGAAAAACAGCCCUGGGCUUAUCUCAGUUGUGGCCAUGUCCACGGCUAUCACAACUGGGGACACCGCAGUGACACGGAAGCCAACGAGCGUGAGUGUCCCAUGUGCAGAACCAUUGGUCCCUACGUGCCUCUCUGGCUUGGGUGUGAGGCGGGCUUUUAUGUUGAUGCCGGUCCUCCGACUUACGCUUUCACUCCUUGUGGGCACGUGUGCUCAGAGAAGUCUGCCAAAUACUGGUCCCAAAUCCCACUGCCACAUGGUACUCAUGCAUUCCACGCCGCCUGCCCGUUCUGCGCUACCCAGCUCUCUGGAGAUCAGAACUGCGUCAAGCUUAUCUUUCAGGGUCCAAUUGACUGACGCCAUUUUACAGAUGACUACAACAAAGCUCACUUUGUUAACGAUUUACUGUGAAGAUUAAGAAUUUGCCACUAAUGCUAGAUUUUACCUUUUUAUAGGAUUGUUAUUAAUGAGGGAAUGGGGUGUGGGAGGGCGGUGGCUGGGGGGAUAGCAAGGGGCAUGGGAAGUACAGUGCUACCAGGAACCAAGCAGAUACUGGUGGCAUUCCAUGCUCAACAGCAGCAUGCUCCUGGUGACAUCUUCUUGGUCAAAACUGUAGUAUAUUUGUAAUAUUUUUUUCUUAGUACCCUUGAUCAGAAGGGAAAAAAACCAAUGUCUUAAUGAUUUUUUAAUCUCGGAUUUUUUAACAGAAAUGCUUUUCUUCUAAACUUUGACAAGCCUUUAAGACAACAUAUUUUUUCAAACCUAAAAGGAACGUACAGAAUGUAAUUUGUCUUUUUUCUUCAUUUGCAAUAUAAUUAACUUGAAUAGCUUGUUCUCAUGGAGUAUGUACUGAAUGUGAGGGCAAACCUGGAUGAAUGUUCAGUAAAUGCACGAGUUAAAAGAAUCCGUGAACAAGGAGGGUUGGCUUCAUGAACAAUAGCACAAAAAAUAUUAAGAAACUGCAGUGUGGUCUGAUGCACCUAUUUUUUAAAAAAGAUGCAAAAUUACUUGAAAUUUGGGGAAUUCCAGUGUUAUGUUCUUGUGGCACCGAAGUUACCUUCGCAUGUCACUCCAAUUUUUAAAAAUGCUAUGGGAAGGGUCAAAAUACGGGUUAUUUAGUCCCACAGGUGUGUAGGGCAACGUGGUGUGUGAAAUGGUAGUUCUUGAGUUUUGCUCCUGAGUUUUCUGAAGCAGCUCGACUGUCCGCCCUCCUCCCUGUGUUUUUUGCUGACUCCACACAUCGUAGAAUCCUCCUGGGAAGCCUAGCGUUGGGCCUGUUCAUUACCAGUACCAACUUGAAACCGUUUGAAUGCUACUGCAAGCGGUACAGUGCUAUUCUUCUGUGGCUUUAUCCCAAGCAUCCACAGCGUGCUUGAAAAGCCAGAAUCUACGAGGGGGGCAGUGGCCCAGGUCCUUUUCUACCCAGCAAUCCCUGCUCAGGCGGUUCCAUCCUGUCCAACUGUUGCUUUCUGUCAUAAAUCCACAAAGCAGCUGCUUCCACGCCGAUGAGGCAGUGUCUGAAGGAGUCUUGCGUGAUGUGUGAACGCACCUUUAAUUGAAAUCCAGUGUUAGCAAGGCACUGGUCAGCCUUUCCCAGUUUUCAUCUGGCGUCUGCAUUAUUUUUGACACAUAUCCAGACGUCUUCAGCAACGUUCUGCCCCACCCCAGUUCUUCCUUUUGGCUUUCUUCUCCCUUGGUGUAGUUGCAGUUGUGUGCUUUGGACCAGUGGGCAAACUGAAAUGUAGCAACCGCUUUAAAAAUCCAGCUAUUUAAGUGGCUGUGCUGCGAUACAAGAGAGAAGUCUUGGUGGUGGGGGGGGGUGCCCUCUCUGUCUGCGAAGCAUAUUCAAUUGGCCUUGAUCUUAUUGUCAGUUCAGGCUGCUCAUGAGUCUUAAUCAUCCCAGGAUUCCUAGUGACUCAUUGUGUUUUAAGCAUUUGUAGCUAUUUUGAAACUGAUGAUUAAAAAUGAGCUAUUUUGGUAAGCUUGCUUCUGUGACACAAACUUUCACGUGUAUUCGUCCUUCCAUAGCUCUGAUGGUAUGGGCUUAUUAACUUUUCUCCCUCUUGUUGCUUUUUCUCAUAGCCUAAGUACAGUCUUCGUAUUUAAGUUUGUUCAAAGAAGCAUCGAAUGUUGCUGUUAAAUACACAGGAGUAAUUCAUGCAAUUUAAAAUCCCAGAUUAUUUGAGGGAGUGGGAGAAAUCAUACCUACUGCUGUGUCUGAAAAUUAGAACAUUGGGAUUUGUAUGUACUUUAACUUUACCCUGUUACUGUUUUCAUUUGCAUUAGCAGCAUUUUGUAUGUUCUGUCUCUGUACUCAUGGUAUCAGAGGUAUUUUUACAGGUUGGGAGCAAAGAAGACCCCUGGUGAGGAAUUCAUCACCCAACUGAGCUGAACCCAGCAGCUGAGGUCUCCUGCUAAGUUCACAGCUAUUCCUACUAUAUCUGUGCUCUUUGUAUAAAUAUAUAAUUUAUAUGAUUUUAAUAUAUUGUGUAUAUACUUGAACUGGCCUGUUCAUAUUUUGGAUGUAAUAUUGUUUUAUAGUUAACCUUUUAAACAUUUUAAAAUGUCCCUUGCCUGUUGGGGUGAUGGGGCAUAGUGUUUUU